CCGUCGAGAAACUGUGUUGUAAAGGAGCCCGUUGUAGUGAAUCUUUACGUGGAGCCAUACGAGGGUGAUGACGGGCCAGCGUCUGUGGCACCGACUCAGAUGAUGUCCGAAUCAGGCCCACCGCACAACGAGACGACGCCGAGCAUCACUUUGACCGAAACAACGACCAAAACAACGAUAACGAGU